CGCUGCCGCAGCCGCCUCCGGCCAGACCAAGCGGGCGGAUCUUCCCAGCCCACCGCGCCCCGGCUGGGGGCGCGCGGGCGCUGCGGCUGCCAUGGCGACUGCUGGCGGCGAUGCGGAGGCGGGCAACCCGUUCAGGGCCCCGCCCGAGCUGGAGUACUUCUGGCACCCUGGCGUGGACCUGGCGCCGUUCGCGCACAACCCGCCCCUCGACCACAGCGCGAAGAUCUGGGACAAGGCCACGGCCGCCUCGCGCGGCAGCGCCAUGCCGACGGUGAGGGACGCGGACCUGCCCAUGGCGCCCGUGCCAGCGAGGCUUCAGAAGAAGCUGGCGCUGGCCAAGAGCAGGGCGCUGGAGCAGGAGAGGUCGGGCGAGGCGUUCCUGGCGACCCUCGCGACGAAGCCGUGCGUCGGCCUUGUGGAGCCACUGAAGAAGAACGAGAAGGACAUCCGAGCUUACGUGCACAAGAAGCGUGAGAUCUUCUUGGCGCACAUGUCCUGCGACGUCAAGAAGGCGGAGACCCACCGCCUGGACGAGAAGGCCAGGCUGAAGGAGGAGGCCCUUGCGAAGUCCCAGCUGAUGCUCGAUGAGGACGCAAAGAGGUUCGAGGACCUCCUGCACAGCAAGAUGGACAAAGAGAGGAAGUGCAAGGAGCUGGAAG